AUGGGCAAGAAACGCGUCCUCUGCACCUACGGCAUCGACAUUGACGCUGUCGCCGGCUGGCUCGGCUCCUACGGCGGCGAGGACUCCACCAGCGACAUCUCGCGCGGUCUCUGGGCCGGCACCAUCGGGGUCCGCCGCCUCCUCAAGCUCUUCGAAAAAUACAACAUCAAAACCACCUGGUUCAUUCCCGGACACUCUCUCGAGACGUUUCCAGAGGAAUGCGCCAUGAUCCGGGAUGCCGGGCACGAGAUCGGUCUACACGGCUACUCGCAUGAGAACCCCGUGGACAUGAGCUGGGAGCAGCAGCGCGACGUCCUCGACAAGUCGUUCCGCCUCAUCACUGAGUUCUGCGGCAAGCCGCCGCGCGGCAACGUCGUCCCGUGGUGGGAGUGCUCAGCGGAGGGCACGGAGCUGCUACUCAAAUACGGGAUCGAGUACGACCACUCGAUGUCGCACCACGACUGCCAGGCAUACUACCUGCGCAAGGGCGACUCGUGGACCAAGAUCGACUACACCAAGCGCGCCGACGAGUGGAUGAAGCCGCUUGUCAAGGGCGAAGAGACCGGGCUUGUCGAGAUCCCGGGGAGCUGGUACAUCGACGACUUGCCGCCCAUGAUGUUUAUCAAGGGGAGUGGCUACGGUGGCGGAUGGACCAACCCCAGGGAUGUCGAGGACAUCUGGAGGGACCAUUUCGACUACUUCUAUCGCGAGUAUGACGAGUUUAUCUUCCCGAUGACAAUACAUCCAGAUGUGUCCGGGCGGCCGCAUGUGCUUUUGAUGCACGAGAGGUUGAUUGAGCACAUCAAUAAGCACGAGGGCGUGGAAUGGGUCACCAUGGAACAGAUCUGCGACGACUUUAAGAGCAAGAACCCGUAUCCCGCGGGCGCGCUGCUGCCUAGUGCCGCUGGUGAGAUGAUGUCCAAGACAAAGGAAGACCUUAAACCUCCGGCCCCGGAGGCACUGACACAGCUGGAAGUGAAGCCUUAA